AUGGCAGCGGUGGUCACAGGGCCGUUUGCCAGCCAUGCGCCAGUGAGGGGCUUCGGCAAUCCUCAGGGAUUUCACACAGUGCCAGGCCCGGCAGUCGGAGGGAGCUAUGCGGCACAGCGCCUGAGGCGCCUGCUUCUCGAGACGAAGCCCCCAGAGCUCAAGCUGCGGGAAGCCAUGGAGCUGGUGCACAGCUGCGGGCCUCAGGACGUGGGCGCCUGUGUGUCGGGAGUCCUCGAUCUGCGCGUUCAGCUGCCGGCGACGCACACGUUGGGCCUGCAGGUGCUGACGGAGCUCCUGCGGCUUUUUCCCGGCAUCAUGGUGUCCCAGUUCGAGAAGUCCCACGUCUACGACCUGUUUCCGGAGAACGGGGACGUGGAGGGGGCGUCCUCCUUCCUCCAUAGCCUCCUGAAGACCAAGGAGUCGUUUGGCCGGAGCGCGCAGGUUGAGGCAGCGAAGCUUCAGAAACUGCUCUUGGAGCGAACCAGGCAGAAGGAUCUUCGCCGAGUCCCUUCCUCGCCCGUGCGUGCGUGGCUGACGCAGAUCUGGCUCGACGUGCCUUCAACCAGACCUCGGCGUGACCUUUUAGUGAGGUGCUGUGCCACCUGGGUCGCCGACUCUAGCGCUUUGGCGAGCUCGAAGCUUCCAAGCCUCGAGCUCCUGCGGCAGGAGUUCGCGGCAAAGAGCCCAGCGGAAGCUGAGCCCUGGCUGUUGACACUGCUUUUGGAGCAGGUUUGCCGCGAUCCGAGCAACCACUCGCCGGAUCUUCAGCAGCUGCUUUACUUCCUCAAGGCUCCGCCAAGCGGACACACUCUGCGAGAGCUACUUCAGGAUCUGUCACAGGAGAAGGAUCGCCUGGCCACUCUUUGGGUCUGCCUCUGUCUCUGGGCCCCGCAGCCGCCCCCAGAUGCUACGCGUGUUGGCUGGCCCUCGCAUCUACCAACACCAAUCCAUGCAUUGUUGCGGGGCAUCUUGGUUUCCUACGCCCAGCUGUACGACUCGAAGACGCUGUGCCGAACCUGCCUCAUGUCUUUGGCGGCGAUCGCCGCCAGUGGCAGCGGUGCCAUUGCAGCUGCCGCGCCGCAGCUGUUGCUGCUGCUCUACAAGGAGGGCCCGGUUCUGCCCCCGGAUGUCUGGAUGCCCAUGGCGCCCCUCCUGGAAGCGGUCCUGGCCCACCAGAGCAGCGAGGCCGCCGAGCUUCUGGGGCGACUUCGGCGGGGGAGCGGAGGCUUCGCCAUGGCUCCGGCGAGAGCCUUGGGCGGGGAGCGACGGCCCUGGGACACUGCGCCGUCACCGCAGCUGGCGAAGGUGCAAGAGGCCCACUCUGCGUGGGACGCAUGGAACACGGCGCCACAGGCACCUGCACCAGCACUGCCUGCGCCGGAGCCCCCGGCGCAAGCUGUGCAAGGCGCCGCCCCGGCGGCACCCAGCUCAAUUUUCCAGACGCUGCCGGCGGAGGGCACGGUGGCUGUGGCACAUCAGCCCCCGCACGUGGGCUUGCAGAACACGAACAACACGUGCUACAUGAACAGCUUCAUUCAGGGCUUGUACCUGACCGAUGCCUUUAUAUGGAGACUGUUCUCUUUCAAGCUGAGACUGAAGGACAACCCGUCCAAGGUGGACCAGGAGGACUUCGAGUUUGGCACUAAGCUAGUGGAGCUCCUCCAGCGCCAGGUCGCCAAGAUGUCAAUGACGCGCCAUCCCAACACCGACAUCUGGGACAUGCUGCAAAGCUUUCCAGACAUUUAUCGAUCUGGAGAGCAGCAGGAUGUCACCGAGACCAUCCGCUUCGUCUUCGAGAAGCUCGGCAGCUUCGAGCAGCCUCUCAUUCGCGAGGUCUUUGCCGGGCAGUUGGUGGAAAACUUGCAGUGCAAGGUCUGCGGCCACAUCAAAGCGAAACCGGAGACGUUCACGGACCUCGUCCUCUCGGUACCGACAGAGGAGCAGGUGAAAGCGGCUGGCAGCAUCCCCACCACGCAGGCACUUCUGGAGGAUCGACUCAAAUUCGAGGAGCUUGAUGCGGAUUGCUUAGUGAACUGUGACCGAUGCCAGGACAAGCGACAGAUGGGGAAAUGGUGUGAGAUUGUGUCCCCACCGUGCCACAUCUGCAUCUGCCUGAACCGCUUUACGUUCAACGUGGAGAAGAUGGACUUCACCAAGGAGAAGACCCCGGUUCGCGUGGACGGGCCUCUGAAGAUUGGUCCCUACGAGUACGAGCUGUACCAUGUCAUCAUCCACACAGGCAAAGAUGCCUCCAGCGGCCACUACUACGCGGUGGGACGGCGAUCCGAGCCGGUGGGGUCGGGGGACACGAGCUGGUACACCAUGGACGACUCGCAGAUCAAACCGGCCGAGCUUGGCUUGCUGCAGGGCAACCCGCCCGAGAAGCUCAAGGACGACAACCCGUACGUCCUCUUCUACCGCUGCAAGAACGCCCCGGCGACUCCGGCGCUAAGGAUCCCCAAGAAGCUCGAGAGCUUCGUUAAGAAGGAAGAUGCCAAGCGAGAGUGA